ACAGCUGCUCCAACAACUACCACAGCUGCUUCAACAACAACCACAGUUGCACCAACUACAACUACAGCUGCUCCAACCACAACAACAGCCUCUCCAACAACUACCACAGUUGCAACAACUACAACUACAUCUGCUCCAACCACAACCACAGUUGCACCAACUACAACUACAGAUGCUCCAACUACAACCACUGGUGCUCUGACAACAACCACGGUUGCAUCAAUAACAACACCAGCUCCAACAACAACCACAGCAUCUCCAACCACAACAUCACCCUCUCCAACAACAACCACAGUUGCACCAACUACAACCACAGCUGCUCCAACAACAACCACAGUUGCACCAACUACAACUACAGCUGCUCCAACAACAACCACUGCUUCUCCAACCACAACAUCAGCCUCUCCAACAACUACAACAGUUGCACCAACUACAACCACAGCUGCUCGAACAAAAACCACAGCAUCUCCAACCACAACAUCACCCUCUCCAACAACAACCACAGUUGCACCAACUACAACCACAGCUGCUCCAACAACAACCACAGUUGCACCAAUUAAAACUACAGCAGCUCCAACAACAACCACAGUUGCACCAACUACAACUACAACUGCUCCAACCAAAACCACUGGUGCUCUGACAACAACCACGGUUGCACCAACUACAACUACAGCUGCUCCAACCACAACAACAGCCUCUCCAACAACUACCACAGUUGCAACAACAACUACACCUGCUCCAACAACAACCACUGGUGCUCUGACAACAACCACAGUUGCAGCAACUACAACUACAGCUUCUCCAACAACAACCACAGUUGCACCAACUACAACUACAACUACUACAGCUGCUCCACCCACAACCACUGGUGCUCUGACAACAACUACGGUUGCACCAACUACAACUACAACUGCUCCAACCAAAACCACUGGUGCUCUGACAACAACCACGGUUGCAUCAACAACAACAGCCGUUGCACCAACUACAACUACAACUGCUCCAACCAAAACCACUGGUGCUCUGACAACAACCACGGUUACAUCGACAACAACAGCCGGUCCAACAACAACCACAGCUGCUCCAACAACAACCACAGUUGCACUAACUAUAACUACAGCUGCUCCAACAACAACCACAGUUGCAACCACAGCUGCUCCAACCACAACCACAGCUGCUCUGACAACAACCACAGUUGCACAAACUAAAACUACAGCUACUACAACAACAACUACAUCUGCUCCAACCACAACAACUACUGGUCCAACAACUAGCACAGUCGCUCAGAGCUGCUCCAACAACAACUACAUCCGCUCCACCUACAACAACAGCCGCACCAACAACUACCACAGUCGCUCCAACAACAACCACAGCUGUUCUGACAACGACCACAACGUCUCCAACUUCAACUACAUCUCUUCCAACAACUACCACACAGCGCCAACUACAACUACAGCAGCUCCAACAAUAAUCUCAUCUGCUCCGACAACAACCACCGCCAUUCCAACAACAACUACAGUUGCAGAAACUACAACAACAGCCGCUCCAACAACUACCACAGCUGCUGCCGCUCCAACAACUACCACAGUUGCACCAACUACAACUACAGCUGCUCCAACCAAAGCCAUUGCUGCUUUGACAACAACCACGGUUGCACUAACAAAAACAGCCGGUCCAACAACAACUACAUCUGCUCCAACAACUAGCACAGCUGCUCCAACAACAACAACCACAACAACUACAGCUGCUUUAACUACAACCACGGUUGUAACAACAACAACAACAACA